AUGCAGAGUGCGUCCGAGCUACUGUACCCUUACAAUUGCACGGGCAAAUCAACUUCGACUGCUCUUGGCUAUCAUCCAAACAAAUUCUGCACAGAACUUUUCCAUCGGUGCUCGCAGUUGGAUUGCUUCCGCUGGAGGCCAAGAUUUUCUUGCCGCUUGCUGCCGUUGGAGUGGCAAAUUCCGAGUUGGAGGAUCGUUCGGGGAGAUUUCUGGCAGUGGUCGAGACCGGUGAACUCAGCAUUUCAAAUGAGGUUAACCUCGCCUCGUGGUCGAUCGAUUUUAUUGAGUUUUUAUUGCGCUCAAGUAACAAAAGAAAGGACAGAAGUCGGAGGAAUCAAAAAACGCCCAUUUUCAUCAUCGUACUCCACUCAUUUGCAAGUUUUGUGUUUGGCCGCCGUUUAUCAUAUCAUGGCGUUGCGGCUCAUCUUGGAUACUCUUCCUAAACAAGUAUCGAGACGAUGGUGUAACGCUGCAAUCAUACGAACCUAUUCUAACGAGAAGCCGUUCAAAUCACUCCUGUCCGAUCAUCGAGUUGCCAGUCCCUUUGCUGACCCGGCAAGGACGAGAACAAGGCCCUUGGCUGCGGAUAAUUUGAAGUAUUUCUCUAUUGCACAGGAAGAUCCAUUGAAAGAUAAAGAGGAUGCACUUAAAAAGGCUAAAUCUGAAUCUCCUCCGAAUACGACGUCGAAACCUGUGGAGGAAGUCAAACCUGAGACAAGCAAAGAGCAGCAGGAGGAGGCUGAGAGGCUUUCGGCAAUUGAAGAGUUGAGGUUGCUGAAGGAAGCCUUAGAGGAAGAGAAAAAGAGCGUUUCUGGCUCUGAUGGACCCAAAGGAGCUGGUGACGAAGUGAGUUUAAGCUUUAUGUCUCUUUCUGAACUUCCUCAAUUUCCUCGUGGUGAAACUCCACCAUUUUCGAGUUGGCAGCACACAUUCGACGAAGAUGCCGAAAAGGAGAAGCGUCGUAAACGCCUAGAGCGCAACACUCGAAUAGGUGGAAUCAUAUUAUUCGGAAGCAGCGUUGCUGGUCUUGUUGCGUUCUGCUUAUACUAUGGUCGCAGCAAGCGAGACCAGGCAGGAAAUGUUAUUCCAGACGAGUUUACUGGCUCAUUUUUCGCACCUUUCUAUCGCAUUGCCCAUAGCUUUAGGUUAUGGAGAGAUUUCGUGGUUGAGCCAGCUAGAGAGCAGCUUCUUCCUGAUCCACUUCCUCAUCCUUACAUCCAACCAAGAUACACUUUGGUUAUCGAGAUGAAGAAUGUUCUGGUACAUCCCGACUGGACCUACAAAACUGGAUAUAGAUUUGCCAAGCGACCAGCUCUCGAGUAUUUCCUUGAUGUUGUUGGUUAUCCAAACUUUGAGGUAAACCGUUGUGAUCUACACGAGCGAGGCUAUGAUGACUGCUCAUCCGGUAGUCGACAGUUUUGA